UCAUCUAGAACCAAUUCUUCCAACGUGCCGUCGGCCCGUCGCGACUCCGGCAAGAUGACCAGAGCAACAGAUACCGACAAAGAUCCUCAAAACGUCGAACGAGGCCUCAGGGCCGCCAUCAAUAACCCACGUGUCUCGGAGAGGGUGAAAGAGCAUGAUCGCGAGAUCCUCGAGAAAGAAUUCCAGGAAGACGUUUCUGGUUUGGGAGGCAGAGAGGCUCCCGAAGAAGGAAAGGAUCCCGGUAACGUUGCUCGCGGGCUGAAGGCAGCCAUUCACAACCCGAAUGUUUCCGAGAAGGCAAAGGAGCAAGAUCGCCAACGAUUGGAGAGGAUGGGAGAGCAAGAGAACGAGUAG